GUCAUAUCGCUGGCAGCUUUUCUCUGAGUCAUUAUCAGCAAGAUAACAAGAGUCGACAGCCACCUGAAUGUGUCGUACUUAUAUUUUAACAAAAUAAAAAAUACGCCAGUUUACAGUUGUCUUUAUAAUGGCUGCGACGCACCUCGAAAUGGGCCUAAGGUGCAUCAAAUAUCUUCUGUUUGGUGUUAAUGCAUUAUUUGUGCUUACUGGAGUUAUGAUAAUAUCGAUUGGCACAACAAUAUACGCUGUUUAUGAAGAUUUUCAACAUUUUUUAGACCAAACUUAUUUUUCACCAGCUUCUGUACUAAUGGUACUUGGUGUUUUAAUAUUUGUCAUCGCAUUUUUUGGUUGUUAUGGUGCUAUCAAAGAAAGUACCUGCAUGGUACUCGUGUUUGCAUUUUUAUUGACAAUUGUUUUAAUUGUUGAAGUUGGUACAGCAUUUUCGGCUUAUUUACUUCAAGAUAAAAUAACGAGUGUCAUAAGAGACAAUAUAAAUUCAACAAUGCAACAAUAUAAAUACAAUACUGAAGCUGCUGCUGGAGUUGAUUUUAUGCAAUCAAGGUUACAAUGUUGUGGAUUCAAUGGACCAUAUGAUUGGGAAAAUAUAUUAAAUAAUGAAAAUAAAGAUUUUCCUGGGCCAGAUUCAUGUUGUGCAUUUACUGCUGUUGUUGAUGAUGAUAAUAAAAUAUGUGCCGGACCAUACCAGCAUGGUUGUCUUGAACGUUUGAUAAUGAUUGUUCACAGAAGUGCAUUGAAUCUCAGCACAGCUGCAAUUGCGAUCGCUUUGAUUCAGUUCACGGGAAUAAUGUUUGCCUGGACACUUGGUCAGGCAAUACGAAAACAAAAGACAGCUAGAGAAAAAAGAAGAUGGGAGCUCAGAGAAAAUAUUGUCAGUGGGUAUCAGCCUUUGGGAAAAACUGAUCCCUUCACAACUUAUCCAGUUGUUUAUAUGAAAUCUUCAGCUCCAUUUGAAGCUUCUUUAGUACCCUAAUUUAUGUAACAUGAUUAUUUGUUUUUUUUUUUCUAUACAAACAUCAAUGAGUAUCUUUAAAAAACAUUUAAUAAUGUGAAUGAUAUCAUAGUUUGCGAUAAAAU